GGGAUCCGCGCCAUGGAUGCAGUGACCUUUGAGGACGUGCAUGUGAGCUUCUCUCAGGAAGAGUGGGCUUUGCUGGAUCCUUCUCAGAAGAGUCUCUACAAAGAUGUGAUGCUGGAAACCUACUGGAACCUCACUUGUAUAGGAUACAAAUGGGAAGACCAGAAUAUUGAAGAGCACUGUCAAGGUUCUGGAAGACAUGGAAGUCGGUACUUCAACUGUCCUUCCGAAUACGGGAAGAAGCAGUGCACCUCUCUGUUUCCCAGAACAAUUACAAGAUAUAUAGACAUCCCCGCUAUGAGACAACGACGAGGUGAAUGGGAUGCAAGCUUACAGGCCGUCGCUUUUCCAGCUUUCGCGGGAAUCCAUCAAAAUGUUGACGUUGGAGACAAGCCCCGUGAGUACAAGGGGUGCGGAGAGCCUUCUGCCGGUCCUGGCUCGCUUUGCACGUGUAUCGCGACGCACACCCUAAGAAGUCGUUACGAGUGCAGCCAGUGUGGUAAACCUCUGAGUCCUUCCAGGUCCCUUCAACGAUGUGAAAAAACUCCUAUGGGAGAAGGAAGUGAAGGAUAUGAGCCAAGUAGUAAAGGCUUUACCCAUCACGGGUGUCUUGACGUACACAAGACAACCAGUGACGAAAAGGAUCUCUAUGAAUGUGAUCAAUAUGACGAAGCCACUUUCGAAUUACACCCAAGAGCUCAUUUGGAAAUGAAAUUCUACGAAUAUAAUCAAGAUGACAAAGUCUUCGGAUGUCACAGUCGUCUUCAAGUAUGUAGAACUAAUACUACAGAGGAAAAAUAUAAAUAUCAUGAAUGUGGUAAAUCCUUUGCAUGCCCCAGUUAUCUUCAAAUACAUGAAAGAACUUAUACUGGAGAGAAACCCUAUGAAUGCACACAGUGUGGCAAAGCCUUUACAUGUCACAGUACUCUGCAAAUACAUGAAAGAAUUCAUAAUGUAGAAAAGCCCUAUAAAUGUAACCAAUGUGGUAAAGCCUUUGCACAUAACCGUUAUCUUCAAAUGCAUGAAAAAAUUCACUCUGGAGAAAAAGCAUAUAAAUGCAAUCAGUGUGGUAAAGCCUUUGCCUUUCGCAGUAAUCUUAAAAAUCAUGAAAGAAUUCAUGCUGGAGAGAAACCAUAUAAAUGCAAUCAGUGUGGUAAAGACUUUGCAUGUAACAGUUAUCUUCUAAUGCAUGAAAGAAUUCACACUGGAGAGAAACCAUAUAAAUGCAGUCAGUGCAAUAAAGCCUUUGCAUGUCGCAGCAAUCUUCAAAAGCACGAAAGAACUCACACUGGAGAGAAACCCUAUCAGUGCAAUCAGUGUGGUAAAGCCUUUGCACAGAGCAGUGAUCUCCAAUUACAUGAAAGGAUUCACACUGGAGAGAAACCUUAUAAGUGUAAUCAAUGUGGAAAAGCCUUUGCACGGAGCAGUUAUCUUCAGAAUCAUGAAAGAAUUCACACUGGAGAGAAACCCUAUGAAUGCAGUCAGUGUGGUAAAGCCUUUACAUGUCUCAGCACUCUUCAAAAGCAUGAAAAAAUUCAUACUGACAAAAAAUCCCCCAGGAAUCUAAGAAAUGAAGUAUAGACUUGCCUACCUCAUUCAUUUUCCACACUGAGUCCUCUCCCUGGUGCUUGAGUCAGAUGAGUAGAAUCACUC